AUGCAUCCACCUCCCACUGUGUCUCCUAUCUUGAACUUGCUCACAUUGGAUCCCACCUCUAUCACUUCAUCAACCACUUCAUCAACCAUGAUCAUCACUCAAUCAAUUCACAAACCCAGCCGAUCAAUUAAUGUGCAACCUUCUUGCCUGGUGGUCCCUUCUAAGUCAUCAACCAUUUUUGAAGUGGGAAAGAAUCAUGAUUCGGUUAAUCAGAACUGCAGCUUUACUAGAAGUUCUGUUAUCGAUUACAGCCUUCUCUCACCUCAUUCAAAUAAUCCCUUGUUUGGUGCUGGGCAACUAUCGGAUGGGGAUCUGAAAACGACGGGCGUGCGUAAUGGGUACUCGGGUCCUGGUUCCAUAUCUCCAUCUGUGUCAUCUUGCUCCAUAAAUGCUGAUAACGGUGCUAAUAGGCGCCGUAGUAGCGAAUCAGAGAGCGAGGGAGAGCCGAUGACGCCCCGAUUGAAGACGCACAGGAAGAAGCGCGGCCACGUGAGCGCCGGGCACGGCCGCAUCGGAACACACAGCCACCAUCCCGGUGGUCGCGGAAACACCGGAGGAAUGCCCCAUCACCACCUCCUUUUCGACGAGUACCAUCCUGGUUCCUUUGGCAAGGUCGGCAUGAGGUCCUUCCCCAGGCUUCGCCCCAGGUUCUAUUGCCCCAUCAUCCACAUCUGGUCUCUCGUUCCUCAGGAAAUCAAAGACAAAGCCUCUCUGUCACCUCGUGGGCUUGUUCCCACCAUACCAUUUUAAUAUAUUCUAAUACUGUAUGUAAUAUUACCUCACAGAUUCACACACUACCACUUUAAAUCGUUAUUUUAUUUUUUAUCUUUUCUUUUUGAACUUUCCAUCACCGCCCACAACACCUUUCCUUCACCUUUUGCACCCCACUUUACUUUUAUUUAUUUUAUUUUAUCUUCCUUUUUUCAUUUAAAAUAAAAAAAAUAAAAAAAAAAACAAAACAAAUCAUCUGCACUAACAAACUGCUAUUGUGUAGCACGUGGGUACUACACCUCUCUAGAUACACAAACCGCCAUUGUAUUUUGAAAACCAUGGGCUCCGGCCAAACCCACCUCUCUCUAUUAA